UUGUGGUUUUAAAAUGAAUAUUUAUUGAAAAGAAUUAAAUGACAGUUGAAAAAUAACGGAAAAUUCAAAAAAGUCACGUGCGAUUCGCAGAUAUUGAUACAGGGGAAAAUCAUUAUUUUCAUAAUGCAGGGGAAUACCAACUGACUCGGUUCAGUUUCAAUUUUUCGUUGAAGGAGGAAGUUAAUGCUGAAGAAUAUUUUUAAUAAAAUCCAUUAAUAAGGAACUUCCGGUUAAUUUCUUGUCAAUUUAUAGCACUUAUUAACAAUCUUUUAACUUAAUCUUAUCGAGUACGGGUGAAAAAGGCACCAAGUCUCGUCCAAAAGUCAACUUUUAUAAUUUUCCUUCAUUUUAUAUCCAAUCUCGUGCCAUCACAUAAAAAAAAAAAGAGUCCGAGAGUAAAAAAAAAUAAUUUUUAAAGCCCACAAAAAGCGACAUUUGGGGUUUUAAUUAAUCACUUUCUGCUGGCAAUUUAGUGCUAAUAUGAAUAAUAUUCCUGUAAUUGAAUUGGCACAUUCAUUGACGCAAGCUUUGGACGAGAAUUUUAAUAUAAGGAAUAAAUCAGCAGUAGUUAAAGUCGUAACAUGUCUCGAAGCAUUCAACAUAACACACGAAUCAUAUCGCGAAGUACAGAAUACACGAAUCAUCAAAGACCUCCAAGCACUAAGACAGAACAAAGGUAACGAUCAAGUGCUUGCAAAGCGUAUUAAGAACUUACUAAGAAAAUGGAAGGAGCGAUUAGCAGCCUCAAUUCCAUCACAACCCAAUUCACCACAAAAUAUCUCUCAGGGCUCAUCCGAUACCCAAUUUAUGACGCAACAAUCAUCAUCACCACCAAAUAGUCAAAUUCCACGCAUUGUUAAUGGACCAACAAGCUUCAAAAAUUUAUUACCAAAAUCACAGAAUAAUCAUCAGUCCGUCACAUCGCCAAUUCCACAAAAAAUAAAUUCACAUAUUCAUCAAAAUGGUGGUCUUUUUAUUGAGUCAUCACAAAGUCAGAGUCAAAGCUUAUUGGGGAAGCGUAAGCUACCAUCAAGUAAUAAUAUUGAUGGAACUAGUGAUAUAAUUGAUGAGAAUAGUAAUCAUAGUAGAAAGAAAAUGAUGAAGACAUCGAAUUUUGUUGGUGCAACUUCAUCGCCACUUAUGCUGAAUGCCAAUAACAAUAGUAAUAGCUCGUCAAUAUCACAUCAUCAUCCUCCACACAAUAACAAUAGUAAUCAACUUAUUAACAAUAAAUUACAUUCAAAUGUGCCUGUUCCACAAAAGCCAGCAUUACCAAUACAACAACAACAGCAGCAAAAUGUGAAAAUUGCUCAGCCACAACUACAACCUGUGAUGCCAAAAAUUGUGGAACCAAAGAAGAGGGGUCGACGUAAAGGCUCUAAAGGAUUCGAUUCCACACUCAAUGGAAAUAUUCCAGAUUUUCAGGCUGAAAUACAACAAAAGAUUGCAUUAUCAGCUGGAAAACGAAAUAAGACUACAUUUGAGCUUCAACAGAUGCUUGAAUCACAUCAAAAUUCGUCCAUGAGCUGGACUAAUGGAGAUAUCCACGAUUCAAAUUCACUGGAUCGAGUAAAUAAUUAUACAACAGCAUCAUAUAAUCCACCGGAACCAGCUUAUAGCAAUUUUGAUCUUCCAAAAGUGAAGAAGGAAGUGACUGACAUUAAACGGGAACCAAUUAGUGGGGAUUCACAACUCACAAAGCCUACAACUCAAGAACUGGCUGCGUCGUCUUUACAUCCAUUGACAAUUGAAGAUGAAAUUGCAACAUUAUAUGCAAAAUUGCCACCAAUUGACUUUGAUGAGGCACUAAUAUCCAGAUUUGAAGAGUUAAACUCUUACGAUGAGAAUGGAGACUUGGUUGAAUGUACUUGUACGUUUCGUGAAGUCAUUACAUACGAGGAUGAAGAAGAGACUAAAAUUAAACCUACAAAUGGCUUUGAGGAACCGAUUAAAGUCAAUAUUAAUGGUGAUAUGAAUAUUAAAAAGCCAGAUGAGUCUGACUUAUCGGAAGACGAUGACGAGACUGAUGAUUUUUGUGCUGUUGAGGAUAUUGAGAGAUCUCCAUCACCGCCACCACGUCUUAGUGCUGUGAAAUCAAUUUUUGAUCCCGAAUAUGAUGCAAAUGAGAAUCUCAUUGAAGAGAUGGUCCGUAGUAGAAAGCCACGAGAUAAUUUAUCGAAAAUUAUUGAAGUGAAAAUUGAAAAGGAUGCCGUAAAGUCAUCGAGAAUAGAAUCUAUGAUAAAUUCGGCUGUGCCUGAACCAUCAAUUCAACAAAUGGAAAGAGUGCCAAUUAUUACUUAUGUCUGUGACGAAGAUCCAAUGUGUCCAGCAAGUUCACAUUUUCGUCGGGAUCCAGUUAUUCAGAAUGAUGUCCAAAAUCUUCAUAAUUCAUUUAAAGAUGGAAUUAAUGGAUAUUUUAAUGGUAUCAUGGAGGAACGACCAGAACAAGACUAUUCAAAAGAUAAUGAAAAUAUUGAUUAUGCCAAACAGCGUCUAUGGAAACGUGUCGUACCGCGUUAUAAUUUUCUUACCCUCGAUAAAAUACCAAAAACAUUUGAUGAUGAUUCACCGUUUUCAAUUCCUCCAAAGCCGCCACAUGAAACAUCCACAAUCGAUGAUAUAAGUGUUAAGGACGAAAAGAAAAGUGUGUCAUUAAAUGAUACAGCAGACGUGGAAUUGGAAAGUGUCGAUAAAUUUUCAAUGCAUAAGCACCGUGAUAUAGAAUUUCGCGAAUGGCAUGAAGUGAUGAAUGUUAGAUCAUAUAAUGAUGAAAUUUUAACAAUUUUGCCUUAUGUUGUCAUUGACUAAAUAAAAUAAUAGAAAACCCUAUGAAAAACUACCACAAAAAUACCUACAAGAAAUUUUCUAUGCUGUUUUUAUGUCCAAGCACAUAAAUUCACACAACCCCCAUAAAUUAAUGUAGCGUCAAAAAAAAAUGCAGUCGUUAUAUCACAUUAAUUAUAUAUUUUAGGAAAAAAAUGGAAUUAAUUUUGUUUUUGAUUGAACUACACACACAUACACACAAAAGAAAUGAAUCUUGAAGAGGAAAAAUUAAUUAAUUACACAAACAAACUCGGAGAGAAAAAGAAAAGGACGGUAUAGGAAAAAUAAAUAAAUAAUUAAAUGAGUUUCAGCUUUUUGUAUUUUUAAGUAUCUAAUGAAAAACAUUUCAUUGUAAAUAAAACAAAAAUCAUGGUUAAUUAUCAAGAAAAUAUGCAACAAAUUGCGUCUCUUUUUUUUCAUGGUUAUUUUUUUUUCAGUAUAGCUGUGAAAAAUCGAAUGUGGGAAAUCUGUCGUUAUGGCUAUAAAUUUUGUUAUUUUCAGCUUAUUUUAUGGAAUUGAUUUGCCUUGGAUGAUGCAAUCAACUUUUAACGUUUAUUUAAUGUUUGAAAUUUAUGCUUCAUUAUUAUUGAACUUGAAAGCCGUUAAAGUUCAAUCAUUUAAAUUUUUGAGAGUCGUUAAAAUUCAAAUUUUUGACAACUGUUAAAUUGAAGAAAUUCGGAAUCGUUGGUUUAUGUCAAACUUUUAAUACGCUACACCGCUUAACAGCGUGACUGUUCACAAUUAAUAUUCCCAAAUAACUUUAAUAAUCAAGAUUGUUUUGUUCCAUUAAGUAUAAAUGAACGGGAAAUCCCAAAAUUCCAAGAAAAGAAUCUCUUCGACAUCAUUUUGCACACAGUAAAUUAAUCCUUUCUGUUGUAUUUUUAAGUCUUCUUCAAACUGGUCCUCAAACCUCUACAAGAAGCCAUACAAAUAAUUCAGUCCAUUACGUGUCAUUAGAAGCAUUCAAUUUACAUGAUUAAAACUUAUUUACACAGAUUGAGAGAGAUGAGAUUGACGAUAGAAUAUUAAGAAGAAGGCAACAUGAGCAUUAAGUACACAACAAAAUGAGAUUGACGACUCAAUUUAAAUAGAACAACGCAAAAAUAAGAUAAUAAUUUUGAGAAUGUUCGAGAGAAAUUUGUGAGAAUGUAUGGCAAUAAAGUUUGUUGUACCAAAACCUGGGUUUUAAAUUAUGAAUGCAUUGAAAUGCAGGAGGUGAACGAUAAGGAGUUUAAUGAAGAGAAUGGGGUUAAACUAUGAGAAUACAGUGGUGCAGUGCACAGUUUGUAUAAAAAUUCGAUAGGAUUUCUUAAAUUUAACGAUUAAAAUAAAUUUGAAUUUUAAAUCAAACUUGUUAAAAGCGG